AUGUGGUGCACGUGCAGCAUACUGUGUAUACUUGUGGCUUACUUCCAUAAAAUCGACGCACAUCUAAUAAUCGAACAAGAAGAACAUGUGAACUUCGCUAAUUUCUCCAAGCUCAUUGAGAAAAUUCGCUUGGAGCGUGCAAUCGAAACGCUGGUGGUGUUUAGGGCCUUUCACGGGCGGCAAUCCUGUCUGGACGAUGACGCACUGCGUUCCCUGCAGCGUGCAAAUAUCACCGUUAUACUUCUGAAUGCCACAACCAGCUGCCAGCUGCAAGGCGCUGAUGUUAACAGCGAAUUGUUGGUGGCGCGAUGUGUCACCGAGCCCAUCCAGCCACUUCUGUUGGACAUGAUGGUCAGAUGUCUCGGAGUGGUGCGCGAUGUGCGCAUCCUCUUUAUGUGGCAUGUCCACUACAGAAAAGCGUCGGCGGAAAGGCGCCAAGAGUUGCGCUUGCAAAUGCGAACCCUUUUCGAAUACUGCGCUCACACGAAGCUGCUAAAUGCCAUAAGCGUCUACAGCGAUUUCGAGUCCGAGGGCAACUUCUACACAUACAGCUACUUCCCGAGUUUCCAUUUGGAACGCAAACAACUGCAGGACACGUGCUUUCCCAAUCGUUUAAUGAAUAUGCAGGGCGCCGCUCUGCGCACGAUUCCCGACCAAAAUGAACCGAGAUCGAUUGUGUGGCGCGAUCGUCGAGGAAGAUUGCAAAUAGGUGGCUACAUGGCCAAAGUAAUUGAGACUUUCGCUGCACAUCACAAUGCUACGAUCAGCUACCCGAUACCAAUCGUGCCGGACGUCACCUACGAGUACGAAAUGAUAUUCAGAAUGCUGCAAAACGAAACGAUCGACUUUUUGAUGGGGUUAACCGGUAUCGGUUGGAAGUUGAAUGCAUCCCAGGUGUCAGCGCCGGUCUUCUCCUUGUUUUGGGCUCCCAUGUUGCCGUUUCCACCGACACGUCCCACAAGAGAUAUAUAUUUGCUUAUAUUUAAAUCGGUUAUCGGCAUUAUCCUGCUACUGUUGCUGCUGAUAUUCUCUUGUCUGCUCACUUGGGAGCACGUGCGUUGGCAUCGCCAUCGUCGCACACGCAUAAACACAUCCGGACUCUUUUUGUUCACUCUCACGAAUGUCUCUCUUCGCAGCAUGCUGGGUCAGCCGACAUACAUUCACAACUCCGCUGCAUCCUCGAAGCGUUUCAUCUGUAUUUUACUCUUUCUGGCCGGCAUUUAUGUGAGCACCACCAGCACUAGUUAUUUGCAAACAUAUCUCACAAGCAGCCCUAAACUUCAGCGAGUCAAUACAUUCGACGAGCUGCUUCGUGUGCCGACACGCAUUAAAAUUUCCUCAGCCGAAUACAAUGCGCUAACAGAUUUCGUCGGAUCCCGCUUUUUAGAGAAGUAUAAGAGUGUAUUCCUAAUUACGUCAUCCAUAAAUGAUUAUUAUUAUCAGCGUAAAACUCUCGAUACUCAUUUCGGUUAUACCGUUUCGCAAUCGUUGUGGAAGACGUUGGUGGAGUAUCAAAGAAAAUUGGGUGUAAACAUGUUCUACAUUAGCGAUAGGAUGCAUUUGGCGAAAAACCUACAGAUGGGGAUACCCAUGAGUCCACACUCCAUUUACCGAGGCAAACUGAAUGUGCUGAUCCAAAAUUUAAUAAGCGCCGGCCUGGUGGAGUUUUGGGAAAAUCAAGCUUAUAACGACAUGGUGGCAGCAGGGAAACUCAAAGUAACACCUUCGACGCCCUCCAAUCUGGAGCAUAGGCUAACCUUGGGGGAUCUCUACUGGAUAUGGUGGCUGUAUGGGGUUGGCACGAGCUUGGCGUUUGUGGCCUUUCUUGUGGAGCGAGGCGUUGGUAAAAGGAAGAAAUAG